GCGGGAGUCUGGACAAUGUCAUCAGGGUGCGAGGGCGGCUGGCCCGGCUACCCCUACUGCGCCUACCCCGCACCGCCGCCCCCGCCGCCCCCGCCACCACCACAGUGGCCACCACACCACCACCACCACCACCCGCACCAUCACUAUCACCACCACCACCACCAUCACACGCCGCCCGAUUUCUGCGGCGGCCAGGGCGCCCCGCCGCCGCCCCCGCCGCUAGUGUCCUACGGUGACGCGGGCUCCGUGCUGCCGCCCUGCCCGACACACUACUGGGAUGGCGACACCCUCUACGAUGACUGUGGCCGCAUGGUGCGCCGCAAGAGUUCAGCCAACAAGAAGGAGCGGCGGCGCACACAGAGCAUCAACAACGCCUUCGCGGAGCUGCGGGAGUGCAUCCCCAACGUGCCCGCCGAUACCAAGCUGUCCAAGAUCAAGACGCUGCGUCUCGCCACCUCCUACAUCGCCUACCUCAUGGAGGUGCUGCACGGCGAGGAUGGCGCCGCGCCCGCGCCGCCGCCCCCGGGACCUUUCCCGCCUGCCAACCCUCACCAGGCUGCCUCCGCCGCCACCACCGCGCCCACCGCAGGACACAGCGAAAAGGACGACAGCGACAUGGACACGGAGCCCUCGCCAUCCACUACCCAGGGAGGGGCGCUCAACACCUCCACCAGCCCCACCGCCACCUCUGCCGCCCCCAGCAACGCACCUGCAGAAACCGCCGCCGCCGCAGGGUUAGAUAAACAGCGCAGGGGAAGAACUGGCUGGCCGGAGACUGUCUGGGCGCAAGAACUGAAGCACUGACGAAGUUGUGCUGGUGGUUCCUCCUUCGUCGGCGCCUUCAGGAGUUUUUUUUUUUUUAAGUGUUUAGGAUUGUGAAGUGUGUUUUUCUUGUGGGACGUGUUGUGUGUGUGUGUGUGUGUGUGUGUGUGUGUGUGUGUGUGUGUGU